AAUUCCCUGGCAAUUCAAAAUUUUGGAAAGAAAGGGCCUGAAAACCUCCCAAUUAUAAAAUCCCUUUGCACAAAACCUUUCUCAUCCUUUCCUUGCCAUGGGCGACAACAGUGUGAAAGGAAAAUGCCUGGAAACUGGCAAGCCAAACCAGCAUCUUUACAUAUAAAUAUUACUUACAAAGGAAUACGAAAACCCAGAAAGACAGAAUUGCUUUAUGCAACCCCAGAAAGCCAUACUUUUCCGCUUAUCUUGGUACAUGUAUAUAUAUGUUAUGUUGUUUCCAUUAUAAUGAUUUAUUAACCAAAUUUAAGACCAAAAAAAAAAAAAAACGUCUGAAAACCAAGAAGAAGAUCAUGUCUCUAAGCCCACCUAGAGCAAGGGUCAAUGGCACCAAUGGAGCAGCCCCAGAGAGAAACUACCAGCUUUACUGGUGCUAUAAUUGCCAUCAAGCUGUCCGGAUUGCCUCUACAAAUCCUUCAGAGAUUAUCUGCCCUCGAUGUUUUGGGCAGUUCGUUUGUGAGAUGGAAAUCAACAGGCCAAGAAUGGUUGUUGAUUUCACUGCUUUUGAUCCCUCCCCUGAAGCCCGCCUGCUUGAAGCACUCUCUCUCAUCCUGGAUCCUCCUCCAAUCAGGCUAUUCAAUCGUAAUCAUUCUGAUAACCAAGAACCUCGAGGCUGGCCUUGGCUCAUGCGUCGGAGCAAUUUACUAGACUCUGAACCUGGAAAUAGGCCCCCAGAGCGUCUUCAUAGGCGUAGAAGCCGUAGUUCUGAUGGAAGUGAUCAUAGAGAAGCAGAACAUGAUGCUCUACCUCGUCGUCCUAGGACUUGGAUUAUUGUUAGACCCAUGGGUCCUUUUCGUCCAGGCACUGCGGAACCAACUUUGCCAGAAGAAAACCCUGUACGCCCUGGUCUUGAUCCAAGAAACUUCUUUUUAGGACAAGGACUGAAUGAGUUGAUUGAGCAAAUAACACAAAAUGACCAGCCAGGUGCACCCCCAGCUCCAGAGUCAACAAUCGAUGCAAUUCCAACCGUGAAGAUCACGGACACGCACUUAAGUAAUGACUCGCAAUGUCCAGUUUGUAAGGAGGAAUUCAAGGUUGGUGGAGAGGCAAGGGAGUUGCCUUGUAACCAUAUAUACCAUAGUGAUUGCAUCGUGCCUUGGCUAAGGCUUCACAAUUCCUGCCCUGUUUGCCGCCAGGAGUUACCGAUCAGUAGUGAUGAACCUUCUAGCAGUGAGUAUUUGUUCGAACCUGAAGGUUCGCCCGAGGUUUCUUCCAGAGAUGGCAGAAGAUGUUGGAGGCUUAGGCAGAUGGCUAGUAAUUUGUGGCCUUUUCGUCGACGGUAUCAGAGAAUUAAUCCUCGGAGUGACAGAAUUGGUGCUUCUCCUGCAGUUGAAUCAGGGUCGCAUCGUUGCUGCAUUCUUUAGCCUUUAUAUGCAGCUGUUGUUGCUAGUAGCAAUUCAUGUAAAACUUUGCUGUAAAAUUUGUUUGCUAGUGAUGUAAAGUGUGUGAACUACCUACCGAAGGGCAGUGGCGAGGAGCAAGGGAAAGCUGUACAGCUGGUAAUAUUACCCGUAUGUCAUUUCCCACUCACAUAUGUAUUCAAAUUUGCUGUUCUAUUAUCCAUGGCACAUAAAUUUAAGAAGUAAUUUAUUCAGUUUAA